UCUACAGGGACGUCAUGCAGGAGAACUACGAGACGGUGACCUCGCUGGGAUUCCCUCUUCCCAAACCUGAUCUAAUCAGCCGUCUGGAACGAGGGGAAGAGCCGUGGGUGCCCGAUCUACAGCCCUGCGAGGAAAGAGAGAUCUCAAGAGGUGCCCACACAGGUAACGAGCCAGUGAGUGAGAAAAAGGAGAGGAAUCAACAGCAGGAAGUUCCUGGGCACGGAGAACCACAGGAGACCUUUGUGGGAAGAGCUGCAGGGAAUUUUUCCCAGUGGUUGGAACAGGGAGAAGCCUGGGGAAAUUGGCAGAGGUCAGAGAGGCUGCUGAGAAACUACUCAAGGGAGCAAAUGGAUGAAUUUAUUAUCUGUGGGGAAGGAUACAGGGAUCCCACAGCCCAGCAGACAACCCCUAGGGAAGACAAACACCAUGAAUGCCUUGGUUAUGGAAACGAAUUCGUUCUGGGACCACAGUUUGUUUCACCUCAGACAAUUCAUACUGGAGAGAAAUCACUUCAGUGCUUGGACCAUGGGAGAAGCCACACGGGACAGAAACCCUAUCAGUGCCUUAAGGGCAGGAACUCUUUGAAUUGGAAGUCAGCACUGACUACACAUCAGAUAAGUCACACAGGAGAGAAACCCCAUAAGUGCUUGGACUGUGGGAAAAGUUUCAUACAUAGGUCAGACCUUGCUAAUCAUCAGGCAAUCCACACAGAAGAGAGAUCCCAUAAGUGCUUAGACUGUGGGAAAAGUUUCAUACAGAGGUCAGACCUUUUAAAACAUCAGGCAAUCCACACAGGAGAGAGACCCCAUAAGUGCUUAGACUGUGGAAAAAAUUUUAUAUGGAAGUCAGCUCUUGUUAAACAUCAAGCAGUCCACACAGGAGAGAGAUCCCAUAAGUGUUUAGACUGUGGGAAAAGUUUCAAACACAGGUCAAAUCUUAUAACACAUCAGAAGAUCCACACAGGAGAGAGACCCCACAAGUGCUUGGACUGUGGGACAAGUUUCAUACAGAGGUCAGACCUUGUUAAACAUCAGGUAAUCCACACAGGAAAGAGACCCCACAAGUGUUUAGACUGUGGGAAGAGUUUCAUAAGGAGAUCAACCCUUCUUAAUCAUCAGGCAAUCCACACAGGAGAGAGACCCCAUAAGUGCUUAGACUGUGGGAAAAGUUUCAUACGGCAGUCAGCCCUUGUUAGACAUAAAAUAGUCCACACAGGAGAGAGACCCCAUCAGUGCUCAGACUGUGGGAAAAGAUUCAUGCAGAGUUCAACCCUUGUUAAACAUCAGGCAAUCCAUACAAGGGGAAGACCAUAAGUGCUUGGACUCUGGGAAAGUUUCAGAAUCAGAUCGGCCCUUCUAAACAUCAGGCAAAACACAUGUAGUGUUUAGACUAUGGAAAAACAUUUCAAAUAGAUGUCAGCCCUUCUUUUACAUCAGAGAAUCCACGCAGGGAGACACCCUGUAACUGCUUAGCCUUUGGAAAGAGUUUUAUACACAAUCAAACAUUGUUAAACAUCCAGCAAUCCACAUUGGAGAGAGACCCCAUAAGUGCUUAGACUGUGGGAAACAUUUCAGAAACUGAUCAGUCCUUGUUUUACAUCAAAGAAUCCACACAAGAGCAAGACUCCAUAAAUACUGGACUGUGACAAAAGUUUCAGACAGUGAUCAGACGUCAUUAAACGUUGGAGAAUUCACACACUAUCUAAACUUCUGAGACACCUGGCCAGAAAGAGUUAAGAACCUUGCAGGCUAUUUGGCCUAGAUUCAACAUUUAAAGACAUGUUAGAAAAAUUUGUAAAUGAUGUUUGGGGCCAUUGCAAGUUAUAUAGACUAGAACUUUGAAUGUGAACUUGUAUUGUUAAAAUCUUGGAAGAAGAUUGUAGUGUGGUUGAUUAAUUGCAAUUAACUCAAAAAAAUAAUGAUGUGUAUUUAAACUCAGAAAUAAAGCAAUUAAAAACUUUAGAGCCUAGAAGUCCACUCAGUGCUAUUUCUUUUUCUGCUAAUCACGAAGACAAGUAAGUUUGUUUACAUUUACGGGAGAUAAUGCUGCCUGUUUCUAAUUUAUGAUGUCACCUGAAAGUCUGGCACGUUUAGCUGGCAGUGCAGAUAUUUAUGUGGAAGAUAUACUAAACAUGCCUAUGUACCUUCAUGCUUCGGCAUUCCAGUGGAC